AUGAGGUUUUCGACAAAAAUUGCGGCCGCAGUGCUCGCAUCUCUUCCUCAAGCGCUGGGCGUUAGACUAUAUGUCGGUACUACAUCAGGUCCACUUGUAACAAUCGAUUUCGAUGGCACCAGCGUCAAUCAGAUCUCGACGGAUUCGAAUGCUACGCCCGCACCAACAUGGCAAACUCUGGUCGGUUCUUCGUUCCUGAUCUCGACAAAUGAAGGACCGUGGAACGGUCAAGGAUCCGUUGUAUCCUAUAGCAUUGGAAGCACCGGACAAUUAUCGAAAAUUAGCAGCCAGAAUGGAUUGAAUGGGUUAUUGCAUGCUUCGGUAUCCCCAGCAGGAAACUUCGUCGCCGCAGCUGCAUAUAACGGGCACGGUGUCGCCGUAUACCCACUUAGCAGCAGUGGCGUCCUAUCCAGUGUCUCCCAGCAGUUCACAUAUAACACUCCUACAGGACCUGUUGCAAACAGGCAAGACGGCUCUCAUCCUCACCAGGUCAUCUUCGACCCAACCGGCAAAUUCUUGUUCGCAAAUGACCUUGGUGCAGAUUUAAUCCGCAUCUACUCUGUUAACGGUGCCAGUAUUACCGAGUAUACUACUAUCAAGACACCCGGUGGUUCUGGUCCACGACACGGUAUUUUCGUAGAUACCGAUGCUGGAAUGGUAUACUACCUCGUCGGCGAGAUGGGAAAUAUGGUUACUGCCUACAAGGUUACCUAUCCAUCAGGUGGGAUCAGCUUGACUUCAUUCCAACAAGUCAGCAGCUACGGAACCGCUACAGUCCCCGCAAAGAACCCGCAGCCAACUGCAGGUGAAAUUCAAAUUUCGCCUGAUAAGAAAUUCGCCUACGUUUCCAACCGUGGAGACGUCUCCUUCUCUGGAAACCCAGGCCAAGACUCUAUCUCCGCUUGGAAGAUUAACUCAGACGGUACUCUCCAAUUCCUCCAGCUCCUCAGAGCCGGUGGAUCCACCCCUCGCCAUUUCUCUCUCGACCCUUCAGGCCAAUACGUCGCCGUGGCACUUGCAAACACAAAUAGAAUCGCCUUCUUCCGUCGUGAUGCCACUACAGGUCUUUGGCCAGAUACCCCAGUUGCAACCUGGUCUUCACCAAACGGACCAGUCUGCGUACAGUGGUUGAGCGGGUUGGGUCCUACUCCGACCACGACUACGACUACGGCCGCUCAAACGACGACUAUUAGAACAACGACUUCGAGUACUACGACUCCAAGAAUUACGACUACGACUUCUUCCGUAAGACCGACUACAACCACGACUACGCCGAUCGUCCAGACCACGCCUAGCACUACUCCAGUUAGGACGACAACUACUGCUGCCCAACCGGCACAGCAAAAAUGGGGACAGUGCGGAGGUGUUGGAUGGACCGGCCCCACAGCCUGUGUAGACGGAUCCACAUGCCAGGCCCUGAACCCAUACUACUCCCAAUGUCUAUAA